GUUUCCUAAAAGCCUGAUUGAAACCUCUGGCAGGAUGAGAACUGCCCGCGGUGGAGAAGCAGCUGCCGUAAGUGCAUUUUCUGCUUCUUCCUUGUAGAGAAAUCUGCAGAAGAAACACGGAGAGGUUCUAUUUUCUUCUUGAAAGUUAUCCAGCUCCUAAGCAGCGGCACUCCGGCGGGUUUGGGAUUAAUUUCUGAGCUCAGCCAUGUUGCAUUCAUCAGUUCUCCACUAUGAGCUACAGGUUGGGAAUAUCCCUGCUCCCCGUGGCUGAAAUGCCCUGCAGAACUUUUUAAAGGACUGCGACACAGAGAGAAAACACUUCAGUCCAGCCCAACCCAAACUGAAUUUCCUUUUCAGCCACCUGGAUUUGCCUGCAAUGGGUAUUCAAGUGAUUUUAGACAUGGCACUGCAAACAGGCGGCCCCUUGUCAAAUGCAGCUUCAAAGGUGGCAACAACAACCGCUUCACCCUUGCUGGAUGCUGCCAAUUCAAGCGACUACCUGUACGAGUACUUGGACGAGGAGGAUUACAUGCAGUAUGGCCUCUGCACAAAAGAAGAGGUGCUCUCCUUCACCAGAGUGUUCUUGCCAUCUUUUUACACCGUGGUAUUCCUGGUCGGGAUGGCUGGGAAUGUGCUCCUGUUUAUAGUUCUCAUCAUGCACAUCAAGAAGAAAAAGAAGAUGACCGAAGUGUAUCUGCUGAACCUGGUGGUUUCAGACUUCUUCUUGCUCCUAACCCUUCCUUUUUGGGCUCUGCACAUUGCUCAGCGGGUGACCUGGGAUAUAUUGUGCCCAGUCUUAAGUGCCAUGUACACUGUGAAUUUCUACAGUGGCGUCUUCUUUGUGAGCUGCAUGAGUCUGGACAUGUAUCUGCAGAUAGUUCAUGUUUGCUCUCCUCGUGGCUUCAUGACAUGGACGAAGUCUGUCCUCAUCUUGUUGGUGUUAUGGGUCCUUUCCAUACUCCUCUCCAUUCCUGAUGGCCUCUUCGCCAGAACAAGGCAAAUCCGCAACAAAACCAUCAUGUGCACCCAUGAUUACGGCCAGAAGCACUUAUUUUGGAAAAUUGUCUUUCGGGUCAUUCAGAACAUCCUGGGUUUCCUUUUCCCCUUCCUCUUCAUGAUGUUCUGCUACUCCCGCAUAGCGUGUGUCCUCGCCAUGUCUCACAUGCCUGGCUCAAGGAGAGCACUCUGCUUGGUCUUUACUCUGGUGGGUGUCUUCUUCAUCCUGUGGUCCCCUUACAACAUUGUCCUCAUCCUUCACUCCCUGCAAGACGUCGGUGUGAUCAGGAGCUGUGAAAGCAGCAGGCAGCUGGACUACGCCAUGCAGAUCACGGAGAGUUUGUCCUUUGUCCACUGCUGUCUCAACCCCUUGCUCUAUGCUUUUGUGAAGAAACGGUUCAGAUUGUACUUAUGGAAGAUCCCUCAGGCCAUUUUCAGGAGAAGCUCUUUCUUUGACAUCCAGCCCUCAGAGACAAGCCAAUCGUGCAGCAGAUAUGCAGCUCAGAUAGAAAUGUUGAGUAUCACGAAUGCAUGAUAAAUAUUUACGUUAUUUACAUUCUGCAUAUGCCCUCUACGCUGUAUUUUACUGGUCCUGGCCAUGGGAUGGGUUUGCUAUGAGCCCACAGCACUGUGUAACCAGAUAUUUCAUCCUAGCACCAGCAUCGAGAUGAAGGUUUUCCAUGUUGGGGUCAGAAAAGUACAUGUGGGGGUCGUUUGUGUUGUAACUGGAAUUAUUAAGGAAGGAUUGCCCUGGGUGGAAGAAUCCCAGCUCCUGUCUAGAAUAUACGAGCUCAUGUAGAUGUUGUGUCCGUAAAAAUGCAAACUGAAACUUGUGCAGAACUUCUCUUCCAUAGGUCCCAAAGCGGCUGUUGGAGGAGAGCGAUCCCAUCAUCCCUGCAGCUCAUGGUGUGGGCUGGGGAAUGCAUUUGCCACGCUCAUCCAUCAGGCCAGAUGUGGGUGACCAGAAGCCCAGCCUGGGUUUAGCUUUGCUUUUGCCACCUGCUGGCCAGAUGUUUUCAACUGGGCUUGUCCCUUGAUCUACCAGGAGAGACAACAGGAGGAAUUAGGUAAUCUUAAACUGGGUUGUUGACCAAUUAUAUGUUUCUCUGUUAUGAUGAGCUGUGCUACACUCGGGUAACAGGAAACUGCAUCUUAGUGAUGGACAGAUCAUUGAUUCGCAGAAUAGCAUCAUAGAAUCGUUUAAGUUGGAAAUGAACCUUAAGAACAUCACUAACACUGCCAAGUCCACCGUUUGAGAUCAGUUCGACUGUCAUAGCAACAUCGUUCAAACCAGUAACAACCAGUGAGAAAAGGGAAGAAAUAUGGGCUCAGCAGAACGGUGGUGGAGAUAUUGGCCUUCCCAAAAAUCCAUUUUAACAGAAUAAAAAGGACCUGUGGAUAUUUACCUUCAACAUAAAUAUUGACUUGUGCUCUCACCCCGGAGUGAGGGUGUGGCCUUGCAGAGCAGAGCACGAAAGGCUGUUAAGCAAUCCGUAUUACCCAGUGUAGCGUUAACGUUCAAGGUUAUUAGUUUGCUGGCCUUUAAAUAAAGGUAUCGUUCACCCCAAAUACUCUCAAACCUUACCUGGGCCCUUUCUGACCUGAAAACCCAUCAAGCAUGUGAGUUGCCUAGAGUUAUACAAAUAAAAUUAAUAAUUUAAGAGAAAACAGUAAUCGCCUUAGUUUUAUUGCGAGUCAAGGUUACUGGUAGGGCUGAGAAAGGGUUUUGAGUUGAUCUAGGAAGGUGAAUUUGUUCUCACUGACAUUAUUUUCCUUGCCGGCAUAGCUACAGCGUGUUCCUGAAAUUCUAAGGCUGGGAACUUCCCUUAAAAAAAGCCCACAUAAAUGUCAAAAUAAAUAUUUAUCUGAUGC